AUGAGUUUCUUCUUCGGUGGAGAUAAACGAACUCCUUAUGAAAAAGCUAAAGAACAGACACGAUCUUUUAGUACACAAAUUCGACAAGAAAAACGACAAUUAGAUCGACAAAUUAAUCAAUCUGAUCGAGAAAUUCAACGUCUUUCAAAUGAUAUACGUAAACAUGCUUUAAAUAAUAAUAAAGAUGCACUUCGUGUAUUAGCAAAAGGAAUUGUUAAAUUAAAACAUAAUAAAAGUAAUUUAUAUUCAGCCAAAGCUAAUCUUGAUACAAUUGAUAAUUCUAUUAAAAAUCAAUUAUUAAAUGUUAAAUUAACUGGUAUAAUGCAAACAAGUGCUUCCGUAGCACAUUCAUUAUCAGAAUUAAUGAAAAUUGAACAAUUUCAAUCAAUAUCUGAACAAUUUUCACAAGAAUUAAUUAAAAUGGGUAUUAUAAGUGAAAUGACGAAAGAAGCUAUUGAAUCAAAUUUUGAUAAUAAUGAUCUUGAAGAAGAAACUGAUGAAGAAGUCAAUAAAGUAUUAAAUGAAAUUCUUAUGUCUAAAGUUAUUAUGUAUCCAGAUGUUCCUGUUAAUCCAACAAUAAUUGAUACAGUUGAUAUUGAUAAUCAAGAAGAUGAAAUUACAAAACGUUUAGAAGCAUUAAGAAAUUAA